CUGCUGGAAACGUCUUAUAGCUAUACAUUGAGUAUCAAUAAUGAAUUCUCGGGCCGUCGAUUCGAUAACUAUCAAAGGAUCGAAGUUUUUCUACUCAAACGGAACCCAAUUCUUUCUUCGAAGAGUUACCUAUGGGUCGGAUUCGUUAGAUAUAUUGGCUGACAGAGACGCUUGCGAGCGUGAUAUCAAGGCAUUAGUAUCUCUGGGGAUCAAUGUACUGCAUGUUUAUGGGAUUGAUUCAAGUCAAGAUCAUGGGGAAUACAUGGAAAAAUUCAUGGAAAAUGGUAUCUAUCUACUAAUCGACCUACAAAUCACGUCUACUUAUAUCUACAUCGAUUCUACUACAUGGACAAAUCAAAAGUUCUCCGCCUAUGUGGAUAUGGUUGAUGCAUUUGCUUUCUACACGAACACACUCGGAUUCUAUCUAGUCGACAAUCCCGUUACAGAUAGUUCCACUUCUUUAGCACCACUCUCUAAAGCAGCUGUGAGAGAUGUAAAAGGUUACAUUAAAGCAAGAGGCUAUCGUUCUCUACCCAUUGGAGGAUACGUUCUGACUGAUAGCGAUUACGCACAAGAGACCUAUCGGCUGGCUGCAGAUUACAUGGCCUGUGGAAAUUCGAGCAUUGAUUUUUGGGCGUUGACAGAUUAUUCAUGGUGUGACAACUCCACGUUCACCUCGUCAAAUUACUCUCGUCUCACCGAAAGCUUUUCCGAGUAUCCAUUACCAAUAUUCCUCGCAGACUAUGCAUGUAAACCCACCACAGAAGAUAACAGUGAUGUUGCCGGCCGGAUCUUUGAUGAAGUUGGCACCAUAUAUGGCCCAGAAAUGUCGGAUAUUUGGUCGGGCGGAAUCGUGUAUGAGUGGGCGAGAUCCAGCGAUUCGGAUCCCAAUGACUAUGCUCUGGUAAAUUUAACCGACAACACGAUCCAGCUCAAUCAAAAUUAUAAAUCGCUCUCAACACAACUUGCUGCGAUAAAUCCUUCUAUAACUCAGAUGUCAGCUUAUACGCCAACUAUUACAACAGCGCCAUCAUGUCCGGAUGAAAACGCAGCUUGGGCCGCAUCGACAAUACUUCCUCCAACAGCAAAUACCCUAUUAUGCGAUUGCAUGACAGCUUCUCUACACUGUAAAGUUGACCCAUCAACAUCAGUCAACACAAUCACAUCAGUUCAAGCAACUCUAUGUACAUCAAACUCCACCAUCUGUGACGGAUUUACAUCAAACGUCACUUCUUCAACCUAUGGCGCAUUUAGCGUGUGUUCUCCUUGGCAACAGGUUUCCUGGGCUAUCAAUCAAUACUACCUGAAUACAGGAGGUUGCUCGCAAAAAACAACGACGGCAAGUCUGCAAGCUCUCGAAGCCCUGAAUUCCAGCUGCAUCAAUCUUCUAGCAAAAGCCGGUCCGUUGGGUAAAACACCAAUUUAUUCAGAUAUAGCAAUUGCCAAUUCUACCUCAGACUCAAAUAUCACAUCUGUGUAUUCAGACACCUCAACUGAUAGCUCAAGAUCUUUACCUGGCGGCACCAUUGCAGGAAUAGUAGUCGGAAUUCUUCUAGCACUUAUCGUAGCCAGUUCUCUUAUCUUGUUCUAUCUACGUAAGAGAAAAUCGCGAAAAUCGCACAUAGCCCAAGAACUAGAAGCUUCCACUCCCGGUCAACACGAUACACCAGCUGAACUUGAGAAUGACGGACAGAAAGCGGAGUUAUGGGCGAAUGAUACAUCUACCAAUACAGGAAUAACUAGUCCGAAGGAAUUGGCCCAUGAAGGCGAUGCCAUGUUACCGAGAAAUCAGAAUGAGAGUCGGGAAAUUUUUGAAAUGGCUUGAGUUGUGCUUUGGGGGGUUGGGUUGGGGGGUUUGGACUGUGUAGUUUAAGAAUGAGGUGAUCGGAUUGUCAGGAUUAGUAUUAGGAGGGGUUAUUGUGGAUAUAAUGGUUUAGAAGGAGGAGGGAAAAUGCCUUUCUAUCCGGAGAAGGAAAGAGAGUGUUGAUAUCACACGCACAAGAAUGGCUACUCGCCAAGAAGCUUUUGAAUAGAUACCCAGAGUUACGAGAGAGAUAUGAGGAGUAUAGUUUCAUAAAGACGUUCCAUAUUAAUUAUUAGUUUCCUAAUCUAAUGCUUAGGAGUUCACAUCAAUAUAAUCGCAUUCGGCUUCGUGGGUGAUCACUCACAGAUUAGAUGGAAGGUUAACAGACGGCUAUAAAUCUGUCC